UUUAUUGAUUUUUACGUGUUGGCAAACGUGGUUAUAUUUGAUUUUUCGGUGACUGUUUCGUUUUUGGGGUUAUAAUGACGAUGAAUUCAAACGUAGUGAUGGAAUUUCCAGCGGAGGACUUUAAGGAAUGAAUUAAUAAACUUCAAAUUUGAAUCUCGGGCAUUUGUUGCCUUACAUAUUGAAACAAACAUGGGCCUUUCUUGAAAAUUUAUUAUUUGUUAAUGCCCUUUGUAAUUACGUGAAUCUUUGGCUCCAUCUUCCGUGACUUCCAUUGCACUCAAAAUUAACAGAGCUACCCAGUAAAAUGUCUAACAUUAGAAGGCCUGAUCUUGCUCGCAUCCACAAAAGCAUGGGGGAAACUUCGUCUGCAUUCCCUUCGCACCCACAGUGUCCAUCUCCUAUGACGGACCUUGCAGCUAACUUGAGCGGCACCUCCUUGCUGGGUACACCUCAGAGACAAACACUCUGUGACCAGGAGAACACUCCGAGAUGCCGUGACAUGUUUAAAAAGUCCAGCCCAUUGCACAAAGAAAGCCUCCUGAAGAAUUACAAAUUCACAAGCCCCAUUGGAAAUGUGCGGUUCCAGCGAUCAAAAAGUUUCCCUCGUCGAAUAUUCCUCAACUACGAAGAUGGUACAUCUCCAUGCAAUAAAGAGAACGUUGUUAGGGGCAGCUCGCCACUGAAAGAUGGAGGCUUGGAAAAUCCUUCGUACAACAGCAGCCCACCUAAACUGAAGCUCAACAUAAGUCCAAACAAGGCUCCCUGUCAUUCUCGUCAGCGGCAACCUCUAGAAGAUUACGACGCCAACUCGCAAGAUAGUGGCUAUGGUGCAGACAGGGAUGACUUGAAAUUAGGCUUCAGGUUCGCGGAGCCUCUGGGCUGUGCCCCGCGCCGGCAAGCCAUCGACCAGUCGCCAUGCAAGUCUGCAACCUCUCCCACCUCGUCCCCCCAGGACAAGUGGGGCGAGCACCCUGCCCUGUACCAUGCCCUGUCCUCGGGUAGCGAGUCCAUAGACGACAACUUCCCGGAGAUGCUGGAGUUGGACAAGCUUCACGACGAGGAUACGCUGCUCCCUGACGGGUUGGGCGACCUCCUUCGAGGGCAUAUCAUCAAGGAUGGAGACCCAGGUCCCCAGAAGGAACGCCCACCACUGCGCCGGAGUCUCUCCAUGGUCGAGAACAUUUACCCCAUGCACAACAGGCCACGCAACACGAUGCCAACAUCAACCAUCCAGAGCGGGGAUCAGGAGAACUGCAGCUCCAUGAUGGUUGAUGCGAUCCGCUCGUUUAAGCGACCUGACCCACCAUGUGACAGCAUCCUCCCUUUGAAUGUCAAACGACGGAAGUCUACCUCGCUACACACCAUUUCAGAGAACGAGUUGGCAUCCAAAAUACCUGUGAUCCAGCGCAGUUUUUCGGAGAAUGAAGCUACCAUAAAGAGUGCGCUUAUGCGAUCUUCUCUUCAGCCAGACCUGAUAGGGGACUUCAGCAGACCAUUUGCCCUGCCCCUGAUACCAGGCAGGCACCAGGACUUGAAGACGAUAUCUUGCGAGACACUGGCUUCACUCAUGAAGGGGGAGUUCUCCCAACAGAUCGAGUCCUACUCGAUUAUUGACUGCCGUUAUCCAUAUGAAUAUGAAGGUGGCCACAUCAGGGGUGCGAAAAACAUCUUUACGAAAGAGCUUAUCCAGAAAGAGUUGCUAGAGUUAGACAAACCAGAGCUACAAGAAGGUGAAAAUAGGAAGCGUCAUAUCCUAAUUUUCCACUGUGAAUUUUCAUCAGAAAGGGGACCUAACCUCUCGCGGUUCCUGCGCAACAGAGACCGAGGCUGCAACGAAACGCGCUACCCCGUCCUCCACUACCCGGAGCUGUACCUGCUCCACGGAGGCUACAAGGAGUUCUUCGAGCAGCAUGGCAGCCUGUGCGAGCCCAGCUCCUACUGCCCCAUGCUGGACCCCAGGCACGAGACGGAGCUGCGGCACUUCCGCGCUCGCUCCAAGUCCUGGGCCGGCGACAAGCGCACCAACCUCAAGAGACUCGCCUUCCCUUGACCACCCCUUGUCGUCGUCUACGUGCAUGGUGUCAUUUCAUGUUUCAUGACCGCGAUGUCUUCUAGCAAUAAUUAUAAACUGUUAUUUUUUUUUUAAUUUUUAGUUGUAAAGUUUAUUAACAAAAAAAAACAUAUAUCUUUAUCCCCCAUUGAUUGUUCACUUUUGCGGCUAUCUGUGGGUUUUCAAGUGCAAUUCCGCAGGGAGACAUACGAAUAAAAGAUGUGGCCAGUGAUGUACGUAUUUUGUUUUGGGUAUAGUAGAGUGGUGUGUUUUCCAGCUUCCAAUACGCUUAGAUUUCAUUUCAGUGAUAACAUUGCUUUGUUAAGUUUAGUUUGACUGAAAAUUUUUGUGUUCAUCGUCCAAACCAGUCCGACAUGUUUGUUGGUGUACAAUACUUAGUAUUUUGGGCAAAAUAUUUUUUUAUCUUUUGUGUGCAAUAUGUUUUAUCCUUAUUAAAAGUAUGCUCUGAAUGGAUUGUUGUGAUUGCGUUCUCUAAAAUAUAAGGUAUUUGAAUCAAUUAAGCAAACAACUUUUCCUUAUUUUGUUAUUUGGUGUGUAACUUAAGACAGUGUACAGAAAUUUUACAUAGUAACAAGAAUAAUAUUUGUAGUGAGUCAAAAAUGAAAUAUUAAUAGAACUGGCCAAGUAAAUUCCAGCUAGCUCUAAGUAGGUCUCAGUAUGCUCUGAGGAAGAACCUAAAAAAAAUUUAGAUGUUAAGUUUUGAAUUAUUUUCACAAUUUAUCAUGUAAAAAUCAUACAGAUAUUUAAUUUUCUUGUAACAGUAUUGCUAAUAGGUUAAGCUAUGUAAGAUUUGCAUUCAAAAAGAUUAUUUUUUAUAUUCUUAAAUUUAUUUGGUCAGUUCCUAAGUUUGGUUUCAUUUGCAAAUUAAAUUAUGUUUGCAUAUGGCUUAGUCACAAAAUUCUUAAGGUUAAUGUAAAACUAAAGUUAAUGUUUAUGUAUGCUGUUUCAAAAAUUUUAAAUUUUUUGCAUAAAUUUUAGUUUAAUAUGGGUUAUUAUUCUUUAUUAAAUUGUGUUGAUAUAUGUGAGGUAGGGAACCCUUAGCAUGUAAGUUGCUAGCUUGUAAAUUCUUAAAUAAAUGUAUGUAUGGGUUCUAUAGCAUUAAAAGCUGUUCCUUGUAGAGAGUUCCACUUAGAUUUUGGGAGCAACUGCAAAGAUGUUAUCUGGUUAACCUAUGCCUUUACUUACUAUGUAAUUUGGUGCAAAUUUUGUGCCAUAUUAUAAGAUUGAUAAUUUUGCCAAAAGUUUGUUUUUUAUGUACAAAUAAUCAACUUUAGGAAUUUUAACUGACAGCUGUUUAUUUUAUUUGUCUGUGCCAACAUUUAACACUUUGGCUUUUUAAUGCUUAAUGCCCACAGGCUUUUCUUGUUUCAUAUGCAAAUAUUUACAUUCCACAGUAUCCUGUAUUUUGUAAAUUUAUUUGGCUCAUGUUAUUUUUAUCUAGGUAUAAUACAAAACUGUCUAAACACUUAAAAAAUUUUUCAAUGUUCUGAAUUUUUUUUAACUAUUGCGGUAUUUUGUAUUUUGUUAGUUUUUAGGUUUUGAUGUUUAAAAGAAUGUUAAUUUUUUAAAAAUGAUAUUGUAAACUAGAUUUUAGUUUUAAAAAUUAAUUUUUUGUUACUGCAUAUUUACACCUACGUUCCUCUAAGUUUCAUAGACUGUACAUUGCCAUGUACGUUUGGUUAUGAAUUUUACCCCUUUACUGUAUCUCUACACGUAUAAAUUUACUUUAAAAAUGCUCUGGUUUGUAACCGUCUUGAGCCAAAAGUUGAUUCAUGCAAUAAAUUAUAUUUUGUAGUCAUUUUAUUAUUUUUUUUUUUUGUCUAGUAAACAGCAAUAAACUUCCAGUGUGAUUAAUACACGGGCAGGACAAUUCCUAGGUGUAAUUGAAGUACAGUAAAACCUCGCUCGUACGGUCCCCGGUUCGUACGUACACCUCGCUCGUACGUACAGAUUUUCGAAAAAAAAAAAAGUUUAAAAAUAUGAAAAAUUGUAAGCCACAAAUGGACGUAAUUUGGCCUCGCUGGUUCGUACGUACAACUCGGUCGUAAGGACAAAUUUUGGAGAACCGUGAGUGUACGUAGAAUGGAGGUUUCACUGUACGUGGCUGUGUAGGUCACCAGACAAAAGGGAGAGCCAAAGAUGCCUACCAUGGCGUCAGACUAUGUAGAUCUAGAAAGUGCAGAAAUAGUUUAAGUAAAUGUAAGAAAUUAGGGAAGAUAAAAAUUAAAAUAUGUAUAACCUAAAACAUAAUUCAAAAGUAUUCAUUAAAAUGAACUUGAAGAAUUAAUUCCUAUGCAUGAAUCACUGACUACAACUAUUUGUGAUUAAAGAUCUUUUUAGGUUUUAGUACUUAUCACAGAUGUUACAGGUAAAGGUUACAAAGAAGUUUUACUCAAGGUAUCUACAAGGAACAUUCAUUUAAAGAACAUGCGAGGCCAUGGAUAUAAUGGGGCAUUUUUGUGCCAUGUAGAAACCACUCAUUUGUCAUUAACGAUGUCACCCUGUCUUGCCCUUAUGUACUUGACUGUUUUAGUAUUAAUAAAGAUAUAUUUUAACUUUU